AUCAAUUCAAUGUCUCUUGCUUCUUACCUUCCUUUCUAUACUAGUUUCCAGUUACCAUCGGGUUGACGCAAAUCUCCAACCCACUGCUGGGACUAAAGAUGGUUCAGAACAAUGGGGAUACGUUGAAGUUCGACCUAAGGCUCACAUGUUUUGGUGGUACUAUCGAAGCCCUUCAAGAGUCGACGAUCCUUCCAAUCCGUGGCCUAUAAUUUUGUGGCUUCAAGGUGGUCCUGGGUCUUCCGGAGUUGGCUUUGGAAAUUUCUUAGAAAUUGGACCGUUGGACUUGAAUUUGAAGCCACGAAAUUCGACAUGGCUCAUCAAAGCUGAUCUCUUAUUUGUGGAUAGUCCGGUCGCAACAGGCUUUAGUUAUGUGGAAGAUGAGAAUUUGGUAGUCAAGACUGAUGAAGAGGCUGCCACUGAUUUAACUACCUUUUUGAAGGCCCUGUUCAACGGCAAUGAGACCCUGCAAAAGAGUCCUCUCUUCAUUGUUGCAGAGUCUUAUGGAGGAAAAUUCGCGGUUACGCUUGGCGUAUCGGCUCUUCGUGCCAUUGAAGCAGGGGAGCUAAAGCUACAACUAGGAGGAGUUGCUUUAGGGGACAGUUGGAUUUCUCCUGAAGAUUUUGUGUUUUCAUGGGGGCCGCUUUUGAAGGAUGUUUCAAGAUUGGAUAACAAUGGCUUGAGCGGAUCAAACAGAUUAGCGCGAAUAAUUCAGCAGCAGAUUGAAGAUGGAAAGUACGAAGACGCAACAUCCACUUGGGAAGAUCUUGAGGGUUUUGUUACUGAAAAUAGCAACGGAGUGGACUUUUAUAACUUCAUGUUGUAUUACUCUCAAGAUCUUACUGCUUCACAAUCAAGUGAAGUACCGAAAUCGUUGAUGGUGGAGGUGUACUCGAAAUUUAUUGGCGCGAAAACGUUUUCAUCGGUCAAGGGCGCAUCGAGUCCCGACCUUGGAAGCUUGAUGAACGGGCCUAUAAAACAGAAGCUUAAGAUUAUUCCCAACAAUGUAACAUGGGGAGGACAGGGAGGACUUGUUUUCUCAGCCAUGGUUGGUGAUUUCAUGAAACCAAGAAUUGAUGAGGUUGAUGAGCUCCUAGCUAAAGGUAUAAAUGUGACUAUUUACAAUGGACAGGUUGAUCUCAUAUGCGCGACCAAAGGAACUGAAGCGUGGGUCAACAAACUCAAAUGGGAUGGGCUGAAAACAUACUUGGAGUCGGACAGAACUCCUUUGUACUGUGGGGAAGAUGGUACAGUCACAAAAGGGUUCGUUAGGUCCUACAAAAACUUUUUCUUCUAUUGGAUUCUUGGAGCUGGCCACUUCGUUGCGGUAGAUCAGCCAUGUGUUGCUCUGCAAAUGGUGGGAAGCAUCGCUCGAUCACCAAAUGCAAAUUCGUCCUUCUAGCAAGAAUUUGGCAAAUUUAUGAAGUUCUAUGUAAUAAUUAACCACAUGUAAUCACCAAAGUAGAAACGAACCGGAGAAUGAAAACGUUAUUAUUUUACCCA